AUGCAUCUAUUAUCUGGAACUGACCACGCGGCGGUGGUUUUGCUACUGAUAGCAGGUUUCGGUUCUGUUCCAUCGAGUGCUGCCGAUUUCAACAUCGUGGAACCGCAGGCUUUCUGCAAGUUCCAAGCUAAUCGAAUCUACGUCGACAUCGUGGGUCGGUUAAUCGAUAGAUUCCACUAUUUGAUAGCGAUCGAAACGAUGGAUAGCACUCAGGAUCCAAUGUUCGCUUCGUUGCAGUGCGCCCUGGACGGCAUCAAGAAACCGUUAAUACUCUACAAACUGAAAGAGUUCAUCCGACAGACGCAUCGGAAACAGCAGGAUCCUGCGUUUGGAAAAGACAUCAAUGCAUACUCGAAGGUAGAAACUUUUCUGAGUCGAGGAACGUACGAAAUCUUCACACAGUAUUUGAUUCCAACUAUGGCGAUCGCAAAUCCUCUAGCUCGGCUCAUUCUGGUCGGCCUCGAUCUCGAGCCGCAGCAAAUUGUAGAUAUCUUCAAGCUAACCUGGUUACAGUACGGAAUUCCGAACAUGUUGAUUAUCAACCGGCGUAAUAUCACCGCUGAAAUAUGUCUGCUGAAUCCUUUUCUAACAGAACCGGGGAUGAUCGGCAAAAGAAACAUCAGAUGUGAAGUUGUGCAUUCACUGGCUGCGGUAAAACAUCACGUGCUCUGGGUCGAACAAUUUUUCAAGCAACGAAUUCGCAACCUUCAGGGUUACAGAUUGCGAGUGGCCAUUGGGGAUGUAGAGCAAAUGUCGAUGCCUUUGUACGGGAGCGAUGGAAGAAUCGUGCGCUACGAAUACCUUGAUGGAGAAAUCGUUGAAAUCAUCCGGCAGUACCUAAACAGUACCAUCGAGUAUGUCAUUCUACCAGGUCAACUAUCAACUGGUUUCGUAUAUCCAAACGGAUCCGUGGGAGGCUCUUUGGAGCUUAUUAGAACAAACCGCAUAGAUCUGGCAGCCAACUCACGAAUCAUUCACAGCUACAACAUCCAGAACCUUCAAUAUCUGCGGCAGCUAACCACGACCAAGUUGGUGUUUAUCGUACCGAAGAACUACUACCAGUCGCGCAGCAAAGAUCGCGUGUUCUUUAACAUCUUCACUUGGUCAUUCUAUGCCGUCAAUUUCACAAUUGCUGCAGUUUUUCCGCUGUUGCUGAAGCUAGUGGACCGGCAUCAACAUUCCUACUCCGGUGCGCUAAUGUACACAUUAUCAGUGACCCUAGCCGUGUCCACAAGGCUCCCCAAGAACCUUCACGCUAGACUUGUGCUGUGCGGGAUCAUGAUCUACACCCUGAUUUCGUACUCCAUAUGGCAAGCUGUCAUCAUCAAACGACUCAACAUCCGAGAUGAUCGUGUAGAUGAUCUGCAAACCCUCGAAGAGUUACUCGAUUCCAAACUUUUCCUCAAGAUUCCCGUUGCCUAUGGUGAUUUUCUGCGACCAUCGCUUCAACAAAAACCCUUCUCAAUGGACGUUCUACACCAGAAACUCUACCAAGAAGCUUCGAUUGCUGGCAAAAACGUAACCGGGGCAACCCUGAUAACCGAAAUGCUAACCACCAAAGCAUCGGCCGUGCUGAUCCACGAUCUACGUACCGAAACCGUGAGAGCGCGGUUUUUCGACAAUGAGCAAAUGCAGAGCUUGAUCCACGUGAUCAACGAACAUAUUUUCGAGUUCUACACCGCAAUGGCUCUGCCGAAGGUUUCCCCGUUGCUGGAACCGCUCAACGAGAUUACCGUUCGGUGUGUCGAGACCGGUAUUGUAGCGCAUCAGCUGAAUAAGAUUCAGUUCAAGGGAACGCUGUACAUGAUCGCCAAGAAUCGAGCCAAUCCGAACCAGGGCAUGCAUCCGGGGGCCAAACGUUUCGAUUUGGGUGUUUGGAGGAAUGUUUUUUUCUUCUACGCAGGACUUAAUGCGCUAGCGUUUUUGGUAUUUUUGAUGGAGUUAGCGGUUCACAAGUGGAGCACCAGAAAUCGAUGUGCUAUCGGCCACAGAUCCAGUAGAUACCAACCAGCUAGGCGAUCGGAAGAGGCUAGAGGCUCGAUUCAAUUGGAAAGUGUGGAGUAG